AUGGACGAAAUAACUACGAAGUCCGAGCCAAACCAUACGGUUGAGGGAUCAUGCAGCUCAUCUUUAUCUACACCGGAACCGGAGGGGGAGGUUGUCGUUCAGGACCCCGUGCAAAGGCAGAAGCGCAAGGGGGGAAGAAAGCCAAUUUAUGCCACUUCUGAGGAACGAAAACAACGGAACAGACAGGCCCAGGCGGCCUUUCGUGAGAGGAGAACCGAAUACAUAAAACAGUUAGAGACCACGAUAAAGCAUAACGAAGAGGCGUUACAUAGCUUGCAACAGAGCCACCGCAACGCCGCGGACGAAUGCCUUAUGCUGCGGUAUAAGAAUUCCCUGUUGGAAAGGAUUCUGCUGGAGAAAGGUGUUGACGUACAGGCCGAGCUACGUCUCAGGGGUGGCAGCCCAAAUUUACCCCCUAACAGGCUGCCAACCAGUCAACCAUCUCACAGCCCAUCGUUAGCGCAGACUUCUCCAGGCCCUGCCACACACCUUCCGAAGUUAGAGCCUAUUCCUGUGUCACAAGUACACCGCGAGGGGGGCUACAUUAUGCACUCUCCGCAGCUUCAAACAACGCCGUCCUCGCAUGUAUCCUCUCCGGUAGCAACUAAGUCAACGGCUUUUGGUUUGCAAGGAGGCAUAUCUCCCACUGCCGCCGACAUACAGCACCAGCACCAGCACCAGCAGCAGUACAAGCCUCACCCGUACCAUCGAACCCAAAUUCCCCCUCAAUCAGGUGGUUUUGGGCCAGGGCUCACUUCUGCUGCUACCGAAAGCAUUGAGCCAACGCCUAUCUUACCAUCCCGGAUACCCCCUACCUACUACCUCUCUUCCUUUCAAAAACAAUAUAACCAGCUAGGCAAGUCAGGGCAUCCCGAUUUCUACUUUUUGUUUUGUGUCUCUACCCCUGAACACUAUUUUGCUGAUACUGGUUGUGCAGAACAGGAAUAUGAUGCCCGUUCAAGCUCGGUAGACGGGCCUGAUCCGCCGGAGGGCAGCACUGCCGCAGACUAUACGUCUCAGCAGUCCCUGCCACGGAUACAGCAACGGCACAACCCGAUAUCAACCAGCAGCGACGCAGAAGGCAUGACAGCUAGCACAUCCUACAUUGAACAAUUCGACCCCAUGAUGGACCCCGAUCCAUUCGGCCUGUCCGCUAGCAUGCACUUCCCCACACCCUUUACUUAUGGCCAGGGCCACGGGCGGCAGUAA